AUGGCAGGGAACAUGUGCGGGGCGUGUGGGCUCGAGCUUGAUUUAGACAACUUACUGAGGACCCAUCUGUACCGCAAUGACACGUGCAGGGACACGCUGCUGGAGAGGUUAGAGAGUAGGGCGGUGGAGGCGUUGGCGGAGGCUUUGGCCGUCGUGAGAAAUAGCCCGCAUCAUUCCGACACUGAGUCUGUCUUGGGUAGCCCCCACUCCGCGGACUCGCUGUUCCGAUUUCUGAGAGAGUCCCCUGCGCAUGCGGACUUUGUGCGCGGGUAUGUGUCGUCGUCGGACGAUGGAUCAGUUUCCACAGUUGGCGACCUGUUCAAUACCUUGAACGAGUUGUACCUCUUCUUCAAGGACGCCGACUUGUCGGACAGAGAAAUAAAUAGAGGGUUGCACACAUUCAACCACCCGGGAUACGAUCCUGCAGCGGUUCGACGAUGGCAAAACGUCGCGGACGUGAGGCGGUAUGGGGAGGAACACACGCCGGAUGACAUGGUGCCGUGGCUUAAGGCAGAGAUUGAAGUGCGGGGCCCCGGAGGAAGGUCUCAGAUGCUGGAACUGUUAUUCAAGGACACCAAGCUGAUUGCGCAGAGGAUGGUGAAGACAUUUGUGAAUGUCAGGGGAUUUGUCAAAAGGCCGCGGCAAGAUCCGGAGGAUACGGAUGACACGAGACAUUUCAGCGGAACUGCCGAAGGAGGAUUCAAUGGUCCUGGGUGUCAUCUCGUACAGCAACAGCACUUACGCGUCGAGGAAUGGACUCCUAUAGGCAUGGCCAAUGCUGAUGGGUUUGGUCAAUGUCCCGGAGGAGUUACGAUGGCGGAAGCCAGGGCACGCUCUGGUGGGUGUGCUCCCGUUUCCGCCAGAGUGGGCAUCGACGACGGAGAAGACUCGGGUGUAUCAGGAGGCUUAUCGCAUCGUGAUGGUGGUCCUCUUCGAUACUUCGAUGUGUCAGACGGGCGCGGAGGUGUGGUGAAGGCAUAUCCAUGCCUGUAUGCAUUUGUCGGCGACUAUCCUGAAGGGUGCCGGGCCACAGCAACGAUGCAGCAGGCUUCGCACAGACCGUGCUCGAGCUGCUACAUCAAGCGGGCGCACCUCCAUGACCUGUCGCACAAGUUCAUAUUGCGCAACGUGAAGAGGGAGCGGCACGCGACGGCGAAGAUACUGAGCGCAACCUCGGUGGACGACGCUGCAGCGGUCCAGGCCAGCCGCAAGUUUGGAGUGAAGGGCGACACAAGGAGUGCCCUGGUGCGCAUCCUGGGUGGCUCCACCUUUUUCCGCAGCGGUGCUAAUUACGCAGCUUUCGAGUACCGUGGCAUGAUGCAGGUUUUCCCGAUUAUAAUAUCGGACCUGCGUGUGGGGUGCUCUGCAGAGGAACGGGACCAGAGGGAUAAGGAGGUUCGUGCCUUCCGCUACUAUGCGGUCUUUUUCAAGUCUCUGCUGGCCGUGACCAAGCACACGCGGCUUACCCUCGCUAUCGCAAGGCAGCAUGGCAUCUCACUGGUUGCUGCACUGCAGGGGGCUUUCCCAAAGCAGAAGUCAAAGUGGAACUUCGUGAAGCUCCACGAAAUCGUGCACCUCAUCGAUGGCAUAUCCAUGAGGGCAUAUCGAUGGCACGAGUCUUCUACGGAGCUGUGGGAGCAUACACACAAGGGUACCGUGAAAGGCCCCGUGCGCGGCAGCAACUGGAAAGACAUACCAAGGAGGAUUGUCGAGGAGGAGACGCAGCGCGAGAUCACUCGGGAGAUUGCGGCGCUGUCGGGUGGUGGGAGAACAUACUACACUGCACUGCGAGAGGCUGUGCGCAACAUGAAGCCAGCGCUGACCCGCACCAGCAAGGCCAUGUGUCUCAUGGCGGCCGAUGAUCCACUGCGGAUGCUGUACAGGGAGAUGGUGGGAAGCGAGUUUGACAACAUGGCGACACUCAUGGCCGCGGCAGGCCUUCAGACUGCGCGGGUGUUGGUGAGAUAUCGUGUUGUGCUAUUAAUCUCCCCUUCCCCCUCACUCGCGUGCACGUUCCCCCUCAUGCGCGCCCUCCCCUUCCCCCGUCACUAUCACUCCCCCUCCUCGUUGCGUUCCCUUCCCUUCCCCCUCUCUAGCGUUCCCGGCCCCUCCCCCCCACACACGCCCUCCCCUUCCCCUUCGCGAGCACUCCCCUUCCCCGUCGCCAUCUCUCCCUUCCCCCCUCGACAGCUCAUCCUUUCCCCACCACCAGCACUCCCCUCCCUCGUCGCUAUCACCCCCUCCCCGUCAUUAUCACUGCCCUUCCCCUUCGCUAUCUCUACCUUUCCCCCAACUAGCACUCCCCUCAACCGUCGCCAUCCAUCCCCUUUCCCGUCGCUAUCAUCCCCCUACUUCAUCACUAGCAAUCCCCUUCCCCCCUCCCCGCUAGCAGUCACCUUCCCCAUCUCUCGCACUCCCCUUCACCAUCACUAG